AUGAGCGGCAGUGAUACUGCUGGCAGCGCUGCACUGUUCUUGGGUGCUAGGAAUAUGGACGACGAAGAGGCAAUGGCUUCAGGCCCGGCAGCAGAAAGAAAACAGGGCUUUUGGAGAGCAGCAUGCUGGACGGUAUGCUCUGCAGCGGCAACAUACACGACAAAGCAAUUGAUGGUCACUCACAACUAUCAUUACCCACUCACGAUUGCUUUGCGCUCGGUGGUUUCAAUGGCUCUCGUGUACGUCGCCCUCCUUCGAAUAUACACAGAGCCGAACGUGAUUUCAGGAGUGAAGAGGAGACAAUGGGGGUUGAGGCAGUCGGAAGGGAAUGAUUUCUUGCUCAACCGGCACUGGAUCCCCAUGAUACCUGCUUCCUUGGCCGCGGCAGCAUCGUUCCCUAUGCUUAUGGAAGGGAUUCUACACAUGCCGAGUCUUUCUGUUCUAGUCAUGUUGUUUCCUGUCAUUUACAUUGCCGAGUCCGUCGUCUUGUUCAUAUGCUGCGCCAAGUCUCGAUCCCAAAAGUCUCUACCUUGGGAAGCCGUGGUUUCCACAGCGGCGUCGAGCACUGUGCUCUUUAAUGAGUAUCGCCUGAUGGUCCCAGGUCUUAUAUGGGGGGUUUCAGGCAUUCUACUUAUGGGGUUCUCGCGCGCAUGCUUCGUGCUGGGAUCCGAGAGAGCGGGGUCCAGUAUUGCGGUCCAGGCUCGACUGAAAACGUACCAUGGAUUCGUCUGCAUGACAUUGCUGUUCGGACUUCUGUUCUGCGGGGUACCAGCUUACUACAUGGAACAUUUUGAGCCUACAGUUCCUCUGACACGCGCAACCUGGGCGCUAAUACUCGUAAACCUCUUGGCGAUAACUGGUACGGCAUUUUCGGGAACAUCCCUUUUGGCAUACACGCCCAUAUCUUUUGAGGAUCCGACGCCAGAGUUCUCAAAUAUACCCGUGCGUGGGGUAGAUUUCCUGGCCUCUUCAUCUUCUAGCCUGUGGACCCUUCUGGUGACCAUUCAUUCAAGUCCAAUAUCCAACGUCUCCUGGGUCCAGAUCGCAGCUUACUUGAUCGCAUCCGCCUGUUUGGUUGGGAUAGGUCAGAUGCACGGUUACAUUCUAGCAUGCGUGGAAAUAACUCAGCAACAGAUGAACAAGUCAAGAGGAAACGAGCGCCAAGAAAAUCGCAGAGCGAGUCGCGUUCUGACUUUAGCAGCUCUUUUUAUCCUUCUUCUCGUCUCCGGCUGGACCGUCUCUUCUUUUGCCUCCGCAUCCAUCAAUUCUCUCCCACAAAGUUUUCCAAUGUCGACCUUUGACACCGCAUACAUCCCCACCGAACGCUUCGAAAUUGUCGUCUCAAUGUACAAGGAAGACACCGCCUCCGUAAAAACCAUGCUCACAUCCCUUAAACACACGACCCUCCUAUCCACCCUGAAGCCCCGCGUCAUAGUCUAUACUAAAGACCCAGAUCAAGAUCUCUACGCCCUCAAGAAAGCCACUGGCGCCGACAUUGUUGAGCGUCUCGAUAAUACCGGAAGGGAGGGCGGUACCUAUUUGUGGCACAUAGUCAACAAAUGGGACGAGCUCGCCGAGCAAACCAUGUUCAUCCAGGCCCACGCACACAACAUGCGCGAGCUCAUACCCAGAAUCAACUCUUACCUCGUCCCUGCGACGGGCAUGCUCAGUCUCGGCUUCACAGGCGUGACGUGUGCGUGCGGCAGCUGCAGCGACCGUUGGGGCUGGGAGGACAAAUGGGGCGUCAUCCCGGCCCUCUAUGAGAAGAUCUACUCGCAGCCCUGCCGGCGCGACGAGCCGAUUCUGCUGUCGUACAAAGGCCAGUUCGUGGUCAGCGCGCGCCGUAUCCGCGGGGUGGGCAUCAAGACGUUCGCAGGCUUGCUGACGACCAUCACGAGUCCUAGGGCUGCAGAGGGCGGCAUCCACCCGGGGAGCGACGAGAUGAAGGGCGUAGGCACAGAGGCGGAUAGCUCGAGUAACCCGUUCUUCGGCUUCACGGUCGAGAGGCUCUGGGGACUGGUGAUGCAGUGCGCGACUGAUGCCGGGGUGGCAGCUCGCUGUCCGUCGUUGUUGAGCGGGAUGGGCUACGCGGGCAAGGUGGAGGAUUGUCAGUGUCUGGAUGCACCGGCGAGUUAUCCAUAG